AUGGCAAGCUCAAAAUUGGCAAAACCCUUUCUGCUGGCCCCCUGUGAUUUACGCAAAAUGUCAAGGUUCUAUCUGGCCAAGGUUAUUAUCGAGCAGAAAGAGGUUCUCAGCAAAUCGUUUGUAGGUUGCUUGAAGAAGUUGGAGAUUUACCGUUCUACAUUUGACCUGCUGAGGAAUUCCUUGGGUGUGAGGAAAGGGUGUCUACUUGAGCCUAUCCGUAGUGUCACUAUUUUGAAUGACGGCUAUGUACAGUUACGGCCGCGAGUCCUACCAGUGGAAACCAAGUUAAUGGCAACCUUCAGCACAAAGAACGACACUGGGAUCAUUUUUGCCGGUUUUGGCAAACCAACGAGGAGCCGCAAUCGUCGGCAGACAAAAAUGGCGUUCCUUGCCGUUAUGAUAAUUGAUGGCCGUGUGGAAGCUCACGUAAACACUGGCGAUGGAGUCCAUACUAGGAGAGUCGUUGCCAAGUCCCCUUCAGGAACCUUCAGUGAUGGACAGGAACAUUCUAUCAUACUGACAAGAAGUAAGAGGAUAAUGAUGUUACAGAUUGAUGAAGGAAACCUCCUUGAAAUGAGACUCAGCGCCUCAGCAGAUACCAGUCCUUUGAAUAUUACCAGACUCUACGUUGGUGGAGUUCCAACUGGAGAGGGCGCUAUUGUCCUUAAGAUAACAAGAUCCUUCAAGGGCUGCAUUAAAAACCUGGUCCUGAAUACAGAGUUGUUGGACUUCAGCGGCAUCAUGAGGUACCAGAAUAUCGAUCUGGACAGCUGCCUGCUUUCAGCCCCUGAGCUAAAGGCGAGAGACUCAGGGCUGGCCCUACAGCCGACUGCUAAUCCCAUCCAACCACCUGUGAGAAACACCAACCCCACCCACACUCCGUACAGCUCCUCCUCCAACAAGAAAACUUGUGCUGUGGACGAAUUGCCAGGCCAUGUGGCCAGUGCUCAUCAGUUUGGACUCUCCAAAGGCAGUCACAUGAUCCUGUCCCUCGAUGAGACCACAGUGAGGAGAAAAUUUGCUAUUCAGCUGAAUAUUAGAACUUACGCCUCCAGUGGCCUAGUGUAUUACGUAGCCCAUCAAAACCAGAUUGACUACGCUGCUCUUCAGCUGUGGAAAGGACAGUUACAUUUCCUGUUUAACCUCGGGAAAGGCACAGCUAUGUCCAUCAUGCCCACUCCUAUUAAUGAUGGCAAAUGGCAUACAAUCUGUAAAGAAUGCUGCUUAGAAAACACACAGGGAGCUGGAGAACUUUCUUCGAGCACAAUGACUGAAGCAAAUUGCAAAGCCUUCACUCAAGACACUUGCAUUCCUGUAAACAUCAAACUGAAAAUUUCAAUUCGUACCAUAGCCUUGAAAUUAUCAGAUGAUAAGUACCCCUGCAGGAGAAAUACAUUCUGUUCUGCAAGUGCCAUACAAGAGCAAUGA